GGCCGCCAGGGUAGCGGAAGCGCCGCGGCGGUGGCGGGAUGGAGCCCGACGGGGCGUCGCGGCACCGUGAGCGCGCCCCCAAGCGCCGGGUGCCGGUGGCCGCCCCGCCGCGCAUGUCCGACCCGCACCCGCUCUUCGAUGACACCAGCUCGGCCGGCGGUGGCGGCGCCCCCCCGGGCCGGGGCUAUGGGGUGCCACCGCCUGCCACCUCCCGGUACCCGCCGCCGGCCUCCUUCCUGGGUGAGCCGGUGUCCAGCCUGGCUGUGGCCUACGGCAGCAGCCUGGCCAGCCAAGGCCGCGACAUCAUGGACCGCAACAUCGACCGUCUUGUCCCUGUGGGGCGUCUGAAGUAUUACUUUGCCGUGGACACCGUCUACGUAGGCAGGAAGCUGGGGCUCCUUGUCUUCCCUUUUAUGCACCAGGACUGGCAGGUGCGGUACCAGCAGGAUGCCCCCGUGGCCCCCCGGUUUGACGUCAACGCGCCAGAUCUCUACAUCCCAGUCAUGGCCUUCAUCACAUAUGUCCUGGUGGCUGGGUUGGCACUGGGCACACAGAACAGGUUCUCUCCUGACAGCCUGGGCUUGCAGGCCAGCUCUGCCCUGGCCUGGCUGAUCGUGGAGGUGCUGGCAAUCCUGCUGAGCCUCUACCUGGUCACGGUGAACACCGACCUCACCACUAUCGACCUCAUUGCCUUCUCUGGCUACAAAUACGUGGGGAUGAUUGUGGGCCUCGUGUCCGGGCUGCUCUUUGGAAAGACCGGCUACUACAUGGUGCUGGGCUGGUGCUGCAUUAGCAUCUUUGUCUUCAUGAUCAGGACACUACGGCUGAAGAUCCUGUCGGAGGCAGCUGCCGAGGGGGUGCUGGUGCGGGGGGCUAAGAACCAGCUGCGCAUGUACCUCACCAUGACCAUCGCCGCGGUGCAGCCGCUCUUCAUGUACUGGCUCACCUACCACCUCAUCAGGUGAUGGGGCAUCCCCGGCCCCGCCGCCCGCGGAGCGCUCCUACCACCCUGCUUAAAUAGAUGCUGCCUGGGGCCCUCGGUGUGUGUCGGCUGUGCAGUAUUUCUGCAUGGGGGGGCUGCAGGAGGGCCAGGUGCUGCCUGGCUUCUGGCGCUGCAGUGGGGCCCUCCGGUAACGAGAUACUGCAGGGUUAGUGCACUGGGGCGUGGGAGGGAGGAAGCGGCACCCCUCCAGCACAGGGGGCUAAAGCGGUAGGAGGCCCCUCUGAGCGUGGAAGCAAAUGAGCGACUCGUCUCUGGAAGCUGGACCAGCAGGAACGAUUGCAGCAGCUCCGGAGGGAGCAGGGCUGGGCUGCGGGGAGGGACGGGGCUCCCAAGCCAGGCAGCGCCCGUUUUUGCAGCGUAUCUUCUAGCUGCUCCAUCAAGAGCCUCGGGUGGAGGCACAUAGGUGUUGGCCGGGGCGGGGGUUCACUGUGCACUGCAGGCACCGCAGCCCAGGGCCAGGCACCUGGAAACACAGGGUUGAAUUUGUGUCCUUCUGACGUCGUGUCAAACCCCUGGGAAGCUGCUGUUGUGCCCUGAACCCUGCAGGCUUCGGGGAGGUGCUGAGGCCCCCUGCCCCUUCUCUGCUGCGUCCGGGUGGGUGCUGGCUGAUUCCUCGCUCUGUGUUACCAUGGCUGAGGGACCAUGGGGUGCUGUGGUCCCCCAGCCGGAGAGCCUUGGUCCUGGCACAUGCGCUCCCCCCACUACCUGUAGCAACAACCAGUCAAUAAAGAGGAGACGGUG